AUGAAUAAAGNUCGAAAAGAAUUGUACGACAUGAUUAAUUAUACUAGAAUUAUCGUUUGUAUUAUUGUUGUAAGAUUAUCUAUUUGUUGUCAAGCAUUCAACAUGUUUUAUGUUUAUCCUGCUGUAGAAGAAGGAAAAACUUACGAGCACGAAGCACUGUUUUGCAGCGUAGAAUUUGGCAUUUUCUUUAAUUUAACUUCGGGUGGAAUAUUGUAUGUAACUUUUUCACUUUUUUUACUUGCAAUCAUAUUAAUGAACAUAUUCCAGAAGCUAUCGAAAGAUCUGCAACUACUCAAUAUGAAUCAUCCUAAUUUGGAAACGGAAUUAGAAGUAAUUAUGACACAACACAACGAACUUUGGAACUAUGCGAAACAAUUGAAUGGCCCAUUCAAUUACGUAUUGACAAUUUUGUACAGUUCUCUAAUAGCAGAUACCAGUCUACUGAAUUAUAUUUUAAUUUUUUCGAAAAUGAAUUUUGCAUUAAGAGUUUUCAUGUGCAUCUUUUGUGCUGCAAUAUCAAUUGAUUGUAUUUUAGUAGGACUUUUAGCAUCCGCUUUCACAUCUAGUAUGCAUACAUCGUUUCAAGACAUUCGAAGAUUCGCACAAUGCGAUUUGAAAUUGGAACAGAAAUUAAAAAUUGUGAAUUUUAUGAAAAGAUUUGGAAAGGCGUCUUUAUGUUUAUCUAUCAACGGUUUCUUCGACGUUACCAAGAUGUUUCCUAUUAGUUAUCGCCCUUACAUCGCAAUGCCAUAUUUCAUCAAUUCAAUUUUCAAUACGGAUCAAGUGAGUUCGAGUAGAAAAAGAGAGAAUGGAUGGUGUAAGAAAGAACACAACGAAACAGAUCAAACAUUAAAACUUUGGAAGAUUUACUUCAUGGAUUGUACUCUGGGUCUUUAG